AUGGCCCGCUCAACUACCUACUGGCGCGUCCGCUGCAUCCAGGACUCGAGCGACGAGGAGAACACCCCGCCGAACGUGGUGGCCCAAGGCAGCGUCCGCGGCGAGGGGAGGAAUCACCGGCCCAGCGCGAAGAAGACGACGCCCGCGGAGAGCGACAGCUCGACGGGGACCGCGACUCCGCCGUGGGUGGCCCCGCAGCAUGGCCUCCGCGUGCCUAAGGCGGACACGAACCCAGCCCCGCCCGAGACGACGACAGACGCCGCCUCGUCGACGCCGCCGCCCAUGCGAAACCCGUGCAGCCCCACGACGUCAUCUCCGGUCCUGAUGGAGACGCCGCCGUCGCCACCCCCGCCGCGCACACGACCAAGGCCCCCGCUUCGAGAGCGUCGCAGCGCCCGCCAGGAGCGCCGAGCUGCUGCUGGUCCGUACGCACGCCGCCGUGAACAGCUGCAGCCUCCGGCUUCGCCGACGGUGAACCCGAGCGGCCUGAUGCGAACGAGUCCAGCCCCUGCUGUUCGCGCGGAGCCUCGUGUCCCCCGUCCACGCGACCGACUCGUCCCGGCGCAGUGGCCAUUUCGCGUGGCUCACCUCCGUGAGCAAUUCAACCCGCUCGGCACGGUCUUCCCUGCAGUGCCCCACUUCGGCUGUGAGGAGCUGCCGCAACUCGUUGAUGCAGUUGUACUGCAAUCGGAAGUGCUGUCCGUACGAGGGCAUGUGCGGGAACGGACUGUUGGAGUCGACGAAGAGAGGAACGCGCGAACGCGGCAGCUGUCUGUGGUGGCCACCGACGACAUUGAGAGCGGCGAGGUGUUGGGCCAGUACUUGGGCGAGCUCGAGCACCACCUGGGGGGACUGAUGCGGUUUGUUAACCACUCGUGCGAGCCGGUGGCUACGUUCCACGAGGUGGCAAAUGGGCGGCGAACGACGGUCGUGGUGGCUACGACGGAAGACGUGCUCCAAGGGCAAGAGAUCACGGUUGACUACGGGGACGACUUGUGGUUUGUCUGUCGCUGCGGCAGCGAAUCGUGCCGCCACCGCGCGAUCCAGGACCAGCGCGACCCGCGGCCGCUGACAGUGCAGCGGCUCCUUGCGAUGUCAUUCCUGCUUUUAACAAGCACCGCCCAAGUCCUCCGCUUCGAGCACAACUACUCCCCACCCCCAAGCCCUCCACCGCCGUUCCCGAUGGCUAAACUUACUGGAAGCUCUAACUACAAGGUGAACGAGGUUCGCCGCCUCCUGGUUCUCGUCGCCAAGUACCUCCCGCUUGGGCAGGACAAGUGGGAGCGCCUCGCGAGUCACUUCAACGCCAACCGCGGCCGUGGCGUCGCCGAGCGCGACUACGAAGCACAGCGCUACCCGAAACUUGCUAACUCCUCCAAUAGGCUAGGAGGGGGAAACCUGGCCGACUUCCGCGACACAGUCGGCCGCAAGCGUGCGUACGAGGAGCUGACCGAAGCCAGCUACGCGAAGGCAAAGCGUGCCCGGGCUGCCAAAGCGACAACGGCGCUGAAGAAACGGCUGAGCGACCUCGAGAGGUCAGCCAGCAGGAUGGGAGGCAACCUCUUCGAGAUGAUGCUGGUGAUGCGCGAGGAGAACGAACGCAAGGCCGAGGCCCGACGCAUGGAGGAAGAGCAGCGCCGCCGAGACGAGCUCGCCGCUCGUGAAGCGCGUUACCUCGCGGACAAAGCGGAAGCGGUGGAGCGGCGGCGCCAGGAGAAGGUCGAGAUCGAGGAGCGUGCGCGUCGCGACAAAGAGGAGGCCCGUGCCCGCACCCAGGAGCUGAUGCUGCUGAUCGGCGCGCUGACGAAGAAGGACUGA